AUGGCGCGCCGCGGGGAGCGCGGGGACGGCGGCCGCGCCCGCGAGCACGUGUUCCUGCUUCCAGAAUAUUUAAAAGAUGCCUCCAAGAAGAUGAAAAGUGGGCUUAUGUUUGUAAAAUUGGUUAACCCAUGUUCAGGGAAAGGAGCCCUUUACUUAUUCAAUAUGUGUCUACAGCAACUGUUUGAAAUAAAAGUUUUCAAGGAAAAACACCAUUCUUGGUUUAUAAAUCAAUCAGUUCAAUCAGGAGGUCUUCUCCAUUUUGUCACUCCCAUGGACCCUCUAUUUCUGCUCCUCCACUACCUUAUAAAGGCUGAUAAAGAGGGCAAGUUUCAGCCUCUAGAUCAAGUUGUGGUGGAUGAUGUGUUUCCGAAUUGCAUCUUGUUGCUGAAACUUCCUGAACUUGAGAAGUUACUUCGACACGUGACAGAGGAAAAAGAAAUAGGCAAAAAGAAAUAUUACAAGUACAGCAAAGAGAAGACAUUAAAGUGGCUGGAAAAAAAGGUUAAUCAGACUGUGGCAGCAUUAAAAAACAAUAGCAUAAAUGUUGGUGCCCGGGUACAAUCAGCUGCAUUUUUCUCCGGUCACCAGAUUUCCAGUGACAGGGAAGAGGACUAUAUUCGUUAUGCCCAUGGCCUGAUAUCUGAUUACAUCACUAAAGAAUUAAGUGAUGACCUAUCUAAAUAUUUAAAGCUUCCAGAAUAUGCAGCUUCAUUGCCAAAACCUCCAUCAAAGAAGGUAAAGUUAUCAGAUGAGCCCGUAGAAGCAAAAGAAGAUUACACUAAGUUUAAUACCAAAGAUAUGAAGACUGAAAAGAAAAAUAGCAAAAUGACUGCAGCUCAAAAGGCGUUGGCUAAAGUUGACAAGUCUGGAAUGAAAAGUGGCAGCACAAAGACAGAAAAGAAACAAAUGA